AUUAUUACAUAUAGCAAAUAACAUUGGUUAGAAACAGAGCACAAGCUUCUGAUUCCUCCUCCUUCUCUGCUUUUAAUCCUCACAAGGCCUGCAAGUAACUCUGUUUCUCUUUUGUUUCUGUAAAACUAGUUUUGAAAUCGACAGAGGACCGGAAGCAAGGAGAUAUGACUGGUUCGAUCGAUGGAGGAGAUGAGAGACCAUCACCAUCAACCAUUACAGCAACAGCAAAAGUGGGUUUGUCAAUGAGUGGCAAUCCAUUUGCGAGAAUCGCUUUGUUGUUUGUGGGUGUCGUUCUUCUUUCGUUUCUUGUUCUUUACUUGGCUGCUGAUCCUUUGCGGUUCUUGCCGAGUUUUCAUCAUGGACUUUCUCCGGUGAAGAAUGAUGUUGAAUUGAAGCGAGUACUAGAUAAUGCAACAAUGGAGAACAAAACAGUGAUCAUAACGACUGUGAACGACGCAUGGGCAGAACCAGACUCAAUCCUGGAUGUGUUCUUGGAGAGUUUUCGGGUCGGGGACGGAACGAGCAAGCUGGUGAAACAUCUGGUGAUAGUAUGUUUGGAUCAAAAGGCAUACAAUCGUUGUCAAGAAAAACAUCCUCAUUGUUAUGCACUCAAGACUCAAGGGGUUGAUUUUUCUGGUGAAGCACUUUUCAUGGCUCCAGAUUAUUUAGAGAUGAUGUGGACAAGGAUUCGUCUCCUAACCGAUGUUCUUGCAAUGGGCUACAACUUUGUCUUCACGGAUGCAGACAUAAUGUGGCUUCGCGACCCAUUCAAACAUUUCUACCCAAAAGCAGAUUUCCAAAUCGCCUGUGAUCACUUCAUUGGCGACUCUUACAGUCGCAACAAUUCUCCAAAUGGAGGUUUUACUUUCGUUAGAUCGAAUCAUCGGACGAUCUUAUUCUACAAAUUCUGGUACAAUUCAAGAACAAAGUACCCAGGGUUGCAUGACCAACAUGUUCUUAAUGAGAUCAAGAACGAUACCUCCAUCACCAAAGAGAUUGGACUCAAAAUGAGGUUCCUAGACACAUCUUACUUUGGUGGGUUUUGUGAGCCAAGCAAAGAUUUCAACGAAGUGUGCACAAUGCAUGCCAAUUGUUGUGUUGGGUUGGAGAACAAAGUUCUUGAUUUGAAGAUUGUGAUUCAAGAUUGGGGAGAAUUCCAAUCACUGCCUCCUAAUCAGAAAUCAAGACAAUCCCAGGCUAAAUGGGGAGUUCCACAACAUUGCAGCAUGUACUACCAUCCCCAAGAGAGGAAGAUCAAAGAUGAACAACAUCAUUAGGAUCCCAUUACCUCUCUAUGCACUUUUAUUCCAGGUAAAAGCAAUCAAGGUAGUUAAUUAAAAAUGCCGAUCAUCAAUCAGUACAGCUUCUAUGUUUGCUCUGUAUUUAAACAAACAAAGAAACAAAAAUCAAAGGUACAUAAACCAUUUUCAAUUUAUAUUUUUGUGUUAAAGGCAAUAUAAGUGGGUUGCUGUUUGUGCA